GGGGUCCGACCGCGUACCCCCCCCCGCUGCCCUCCGGAGAAGCCCCCACCCCCUCUCUCCGAGCAUCCGAGGGCGGCGCGUGGCCAUCAAGCGCUUCCACCGGCGGGGCACCAAGACGUUCCAGUGCGAGCUCCAGGCGCUGCAGCGGGUCGGGGUGCACCCGAACGUCCUGCGCCUGCUCGAGAGCUACCGGGGCUCCGACGGCGAGGACGUGCUGGUGCUGGAGUAUUGCGACGGCGCCACGCUCUACGACCUCUACGCGAGGGAGCACGGCAACGGCGGUAUCCCCGAGCGGCUCAUCGCCCACCUGAUCCGCCAGCUCCUCCUCGCGCUGGAGCACCUGCGAUCCCGCGGCGUGGAGCACCAGGACGUGAAGCCGGAGAACAUGAUGCUCUUCGACGUCUCGGUGCUCCACCUCGAGGGCGAACUGAAGCUAGGC